UGAGAACAUUUAGUUCUCUCCACUAACCCGCAGUCUCACACACAUAAAGAGGGGGGACUUCCUGCAGCAGCACACGGAGACCAGCUCUCAGUCAGGACGUAGAAAACCCUGGAAGCGUCGCUCUUUUCAUGAGUCAUCGGCUCAGAGCUGCACAUUUAUCCCAGAAAAAGAAGCCUGGUGUUCGGCUAGGAUCCGUCUCUCAGCUCGGUGCUUUUCCUCUGACAGUUUGGAUUUAGUUUAUUUCCUCCAGCAGUGAUGCCAGAGGACAUCGGAACAGCCAAACCUGGAGGAGUUAUAGCUUACAUUUCAUCCAGUGUGGGCUCUUCACCAGAGUCCCGUAUGAGCAGCAGCCCCAUGUCGACGUCCCCGCCUGCUUCCCGGCCCUUGUUGCCGAGCCGGGCUGUCGGCAUGGUGGUGGACAUCGCUCCACCGGCAAAACGCGGUUCUGGUGCGGAGAAGACCGGCCGCUCCUCUGCGUCUGCAAAAAGCAGCAUAACGAAAAUCAACGGCAUGGUGCUGCUGUGCAAGGUCUGCGGCGACGUGGCGUCGGGUUUCCACUACGGCGUCCACGCCUGCGAAGGCUGCAAGGGCUUCUUCAGGAGAAGCAUUCAGCAGAACAUCCAGUAUAAGAAGUGUCUGAAGAUGGAGAACUGCACCAUCAUGCGGAUCAACAGAAACCGUUGUCAGCAGUGCCGCUUCAAGAAGUGCUUGGCUGUCGGCAUGUCCAAAGAUGCUGUUAGAUUUGGGCGCAUCCCUAAAAGAGAGAAGCAGAGGAUGCUGCUGGAGAUGCAGAACGCCAUGAACAACAUGAUGAGCAAGAACGGCAUGCUGCACGACGACCAAAGCCCGCCGCUGCCCAUAGAGGCAAUCAGCAGCGACGCCAGCUCCUCUUCAUCGUCUUCUUCUUCCUCCGCCUCUUCUUCUACUUCCGACUCUCCAUCGUGUUCCAACCCGUCUUCCCCGCAAUACCCCCAGGACUCGGAGUCUGUGGUUUCCAUGGACACCAACUCCAGCUCCGCCUCUUCCUGCGGGUCAGACAGCAGCGAGGAUGAGUGUGCCGUAACGAUGAACGGGCAGCACCAAGACGCCUUCACAUUUCCCCAGCAGAGGUCGUCGUCGCAGGGCCGCUCCUCGCCGCCGUCCGGUACGGAUUGCGGCGGCCGCAUGGAGGAGCAGCAGGACACCUCGAGCUGCUGGAACGACAAUCCGGCUGUGGGAGGAUACCAGCACUGUCCGUACUCCAACUCUGCCUAUAGGGAGGAGAGAGCGGCAUACCAGCAGCAGCUUGAAUGCAAUCCAUCCGAGGAAAACCACAGGCAGGAAGAACGUUGCACCCAGAAUGCCUUUAGCUACAAUGGACCAAACAGCUGCAUGAAAAGUCGAGCAUACCUGGUUUGCCCGAUGAACACCUCUCCGUACGUAGACCCCAACAAGCCGAGUCAGGAGAUCUGGGAGGAGUUUUCCCUGAGUUUCACUCCCGCUGUGCGGGAGGUUGUGGAGUUCGCCAAGAGGAUCCCGGGUUUCCGUGACCUCUCCGAGCACGACCAAGUGAGCCUGCUGAAGGCUGGAACGUUUGAGGUGCUGAUGGUCCGCUUCGCUUCCCUGUUCAACAUGGCCGAACGGACGGUCACCUUUCUGAGCGGCAAACGCUACAGCCUGGACACGCUGAGGUCGCUGGGCGCCGGCGAGCUGCUCAACUCAAUGUGCGAGUUCAGCGAGAAGCUAGCGGCUCUGCGGCUAAAUGAGGACGAAAUGAGCCUCUUCACCGCCGUGGUGCUCGUCUCAGCCGAUCGAUCCGGGAUCCAGGACUUGAACUCUGUGGAGGCCCUGCAGGACAAACUGAUCUGGGCCCUGAGGAACCUGGUGAUGCAGAACCACAGCGACGAGUCCUCCACCACCUUCACCAAACUCCUGCUAAAGCUUCCCGAGCUGCGUUCGCUCAACAACAUGCACUCUGAGGAACUGCUGUCAUUCAAAGUGCAUCCAUGAAGGCUUCCUAUAAGGACGGACGAUUUGUUGACCUCCACCUGGAUCUGACCCCUGACCCACUCAGCUGCGUGUUUGUCUGAAAUGGAUGAAGUCGGUUUUUUACUGUGGGGGUCUGAAGAGAGAACAUAAAGUUUACUGUAUUUAUGGAAGAGAUUUGCACGUUGCACACAGACACACAAAUGCACGUGUGUGUUGGAGGUUUUUAGUUGGAUGUAUUUUUUAUUUUUAAAAGGAAGUACUAUAAAAAAAAUAAGAUAAAAUAAUGCAAUGCAGAUUUUUUUUGUUACAUCUGUUUCCUCCGAAAGCCAUUAAUUCCAAAGUGUAUUUCUGAUCGGGUGAAUGUGGGAGACAUUAUAUACUGUAUCUUACACGUUUGUCGGGUCCAAUAGUUUAUUCUGUGUGGUGAAACGCUGCAGCAAAUGCAUCGCCGAAUGUGUGCUCACUGCUAAAUGCAUGGCUGUACUUAAUUCUAAAUAUUAAUCUGGAUCUUUCCCAUCAUGUCGAUCAGCACCAGCUCAUUGUUUCCGUGUACAUAGUGUCGCAUCUUUCCUGUUUUGUCUUAUUUAAUGUUUACGUGUACAAGUGGGCACAGCCUGGUCAUUUCUGCAGGAAAAGCAAAAACACUACAUUUGCACAGGAUUUGGAGAAGAAGAUGAAGUGUUCUGCAUCAUGUAAAUGUUUUGCCAUUUUCCCACUUUGAU